AUGGUUGCAACCAGUGCCAGACUAGCGAAAACAACAACAAAUCUUCCACCCUGUUGUUUACGAAUUCAUCCAAAUGAUACGAGCAGGAUAUACAUUGGUACAUACAAAUUGGAAGAAGAUACUGGGAUCAAACAUGGAUCAUUAGAUGUGUAUACGUACAAAGGUGCAGAGUUGUCACUAGUAACGUCGAUCCCCACAAAAGCAGCUAUACUUGACAUGAAGUUCAAUCCCCAAGACGCGUCACAGUUGAUAUCUGCUCACUCUAAUGGACAAAUUACGGUAUGGAGAGUAGGUCCAAACGUUGAAGAUUUAACCAAAGUCAAAGGUAUCGUUAUAGAUGAAGAUGAAACAAAUUGCAUCACUUCGAUCUUUUAUAACCCCAAUGACCCAAACAAAGUACUUCUUACGCUAACCAGUGGGUCACUGGUGAUUGCCGACUUGGUAUCACAGGCCAUUACUCCUCUUGAAGGACAGCAUAGCUUGGAAUGCUGGACCGGUUCAUUUGGAGAAUUGGGUCAACUAAAUCAUGUUGCAUAUACAGGGGGCGAUGACUCUCAAUUGGUUGCUCACGAUCUACGCACAUCGCAACCAAUAUGGACCUUAUCACGUGGCCAUGAUGCUGGUGUCGUGAGCAUUUUGUCUCCAUCAUCCAAAUGGAAUGCCUCUAAUGGGAACUUACUUUGGACUGGUUCCUAUGACGAUAAUCUACGGGUUUGGGAUCUACGAUGCAUUGACAAGUCGAAUCCAAGCUUGUUGGAGGGUUACAUACCGAGAAAAUUACAUGAAGAAAAUCUCGGCGGUGGUGUUUGGCGAUUGAUUCCAAGCCCGCUUGAAAAGGAUGAGAGAUUAUUGAGUUGUUGUAUGUACGAUGGUGCAAGAAUUGUAAAUACUAGAGGUGACGAUUUUUCUGUUGAUAGAUACUUUAAGAAAGAUCAUGCAAGUAUGUGUUAUGGUGGUGAUUGGUCGUUUGAUGGGAAAUUUGUCGCAACUUGCUCCUUUUAUGAUAAAGCUGUUCAAGUAUGGAGCCCCGAUGAAGUAGAAGAUAAAUAG